GCAGUUUGGCAACAACGCAUUGCGCCAUAACCUCGAGUAAAUCCCAGGUUGUGUUGACAGAAGUCACCUAACAGUAACAAGAAGGUCGUUGUAGUGCAGUAUGGAUCGUCGGAAGUUAACGCGGAGCAGAAUUUGCGUGUGUGCUUUGAUGCGAGAUAUGUCAUGUAUGAUUUUUGGCUUUACGUUUAGGUCAGUUAUAAGCUGACUUCUUUCUGCGUAAUAUAGUCGCGCUGUUUUCCAGUUUGUGUGUAGUUGAGAUGGAAUUCGUUAUAGGAGGAACAGCAGCGAUCGGAGCAGGUUUCUUUACGAAUCCUUUAGAAGUCGUAAAGACACGUCUUCAACUUCAGGGAGAAUUAAAAGCUCGUGGACUGUAUGCAGUACAUUAUAGAAAUUUCUUCCACGCUUUUUACGCGGUAGCGAAGUCUGACGGCAUCCUGGCGCUCCAAAAAGGUUUAGUUCCUGCUUUGUGGUAUCAGUUGUUCCUCAACGGAGUUCGGUUAGGAACAUAUCAGUUUGCAGAAGAACGCGGGUGGACUCUGGUAUCCGGACGUUCGGAGGUAUCUGCAGCAAAGUGUGUUGUUGUUGGAGCUUUUGCUGGAUGUAUGGGUGCAUUUAGCGGAAGCCCCUUUUACUUGGUAAAAACGCAUCUCCAGUCACAAGCAUCUGCAAGUGUUGCUGUUGGCCAUCAGCACCAUCACAGAGGAAUGAUAAAUGGGUUAAGCAACAUAUAUAAAGAACAUGGCAUUAAGGGAUUGUGGCGUGGCAGCAUGGGGGCAAUGCCCAGGGCUGCGAUUGGUUCUGCCACCCAGUUAGUUUCAUUCAAUUUGGCAAAGGAGUAUCUUUCGCAGUAUCAGGUAUUUAAUAAAAAGCCCCUUUUUAACACAUUUGCAUCUAGUCUCAUUGGUGGCAUUGUUGUGGCAGUCUGCAUGACACCAUUUGAUGUUGUUAUGACAAGAUUAUAUAAUCAAGGUGUUAAUGCUGAAGGAAAAGGUCUACUAUAUAAUUCAGUUCCAGACUGUUUCAUCAAGAUUUGGAAGACUGAAGGGAUAUAUGGGUUUUACAAAGGCUUUGUACCCAGUUAUGCUCGUCUUGGCCCUCACACAGUAUUAUGCUUUGUUUUUUGGGAUGCCCUAAAGCAAUUGGAAGCAGAUCUUUCAAAGAAGUAUGCAGAAAAAGAGGUGAAAGUAGAUGUUGAUCUGGUAAAGUAAAUUUUGUGGUAGUCUACUGUUGUAAUUUGUCAACAAAGAUGCAAAUGCUGGUUACCAAGGUCUGGUAUUCAGAACUACUGAACAAAGCAAAGGGUUUGGCUUAUGGAACACCACACACACAUUUACGCUGUGGCUUUUUGAUAAGCAUUGUUGGUUUAACAUUGUUAGAAUGGCAAAGUGAAACUAUUACCGAAAGUUAUAACCUUGAUAAUGGGAUUUGUAUAUGAAAAUCAAUAGCUUUCAAUAGAAAUUUUAUCAUCACUAAAAAAUGAAAAUUAGAUCUUCACUUAAAGUUGCCUUCUAGUCAUGCAAAAAUGCAUUAAUUGUUGCUGAAAAGGAGACACACACACACACACACACACACAAACACACAGAAAAUACAGGGCAGUGUGUAAUGUAUUGAGCUUCCAAAAAAGUAAAAAAAAUGUAACUGUGAUAUUUUACGCAAAUGAUUUUGCUCUGGUAAAGGGCAAAACUAAUCUAGAUGUUGCAUAGUAUGUAAGUGUUUACCUCUUGAGAUAUAUAUUGCCACAAUUUUGUGUUGGGAAUUGUACAAUAAAAACCUAUUUUUUCAACUGGA